CAGGUGUAGGGAAUGUGCUAGGAGGGGUCCUUCAGUUGUGCUUUCUCGCUGUCAGAGAUGGCAUGGCUCUGGGAAGUGAGUGUAGAGGAGGCAGCCGGGUUGGAGAAGUUGACUGGGUGGGCAGUGCUUCUAAUCCAUCUCCCCCCUCCUGCCAGUGUGCACCGGCACAGACAUGAAGCUACGGCUCCCAGCCAGUCCCGAGACCCACCUGGACAUGCUCCGCCACCUCUACCAGGGCUGUCAGGUGGUACAGGGUAACCUGGAGCUCACCUACCUGCCCGCCAAUGCCAGCCUCUCUUUCCUACAGGAUAUCCAGGAGGUGCAGGGUUACGUGCUCAUCGCUCACAACCAAGUCAGACAGGUCCCACUGCAGAGGCUGCGAAUCGUGCGAGGCACCCAGCUCUUUGAGGACCACUAUGCCCUGGCCGUGCUGGACAAUGGAGACCUGCUAGACAGUGCCACCCCUGUGGCAAGGGCUGCCCAAGGAGGGCUGCGGGAGCUGCAGCUGCGAAGCCUCACAGAGAUUCUGAAGGGCGGGAUCUUGAUCCAGCGGAACCCCCAGCUCUGCCACCAGGACACAAUUUUGUGGAAGGACAUCUUCCAUAAGAACAACCAGCUGGACCUCACGCAGAUAGACGCCAACCACUCCCGGGCCUGCCAACCUUGUUCUCCAGCUUGUAAAGCCUCCUUCUGCUGGGGAGAAAGUUCCAAGGAUUGUCAGAGCUUGACGCAAACUGUUUGUGCCAGUGGCUGUGCCCGGUGCAAGGGCCCACUGCCCACCGACUGCUGCCAUGAGCAGUGUGCUGCCGGUUGCACAGGCCCCAAGCACUCCGACUGUCUGGCCUGCCUCCAUUUCAACCACAGUGGCAUCUGUGAACUGCACUGCCCAGCUCUGGUCACCUACAACACGGACACCUUCGAGUCCAUGCCUAACCCUGAGGGCCGUUAUACCUUUGGUGCCAGCUGUGUGACCUCCUGUCCCUACAACUACCUGUCGACGGACGUGGGAUCCUGUACCCUGGACUGUCCCCCGAACAACCAAGAAGUGACAGCUGAGGACGGAACACAACGCUGUGAGAAAUGCAGCAAGUCUUGUGCCCAAGUGUGCUAUGGUCUAGGCAUGGAACACCUGCGGGAGGUGAGGGCCGUCACCAGUGCCAAUAUCAUGGAGUUUGCCGGCUGUAAGAAGAUCUUUGGGAGCCUAGCGUUUCUGCCAGAGAGCUUUCAGAGGAACCCAGCCUCCAAAAUUGCCCCGCUACAGCCUGAGCAGCUCAGAGUGUUUGAGACCUUGGAGGAGAUCACAGGUUACUUGUACAUCUCAGCGUGGCCAGACAGUCUGCCUGACCUCAGUGUCUUCCAGAACCUGCGAGUAAUCCGGGGACGAAUUCUGCAUGAUGGUGCCUACUCCCUGACCCUGCAAGGGCUGGGCAUCAGCUGGCUGGGGCUGCGCUCACUGCGGGAGCUGAGCAGUGGACUGGCCCUCAUCCACCGCAACGCCCGCCUCUGCUUUGUACACACGGUGCCCUGGGACCAGCUCUUCCGGAACCCUCACCAGGCCCUGCUCCACAGUGCCAACCGACCAGAGGAUGAAUGCGUGGGUGAUGGCCUGGCCUGCUACCCGCUGUGUGCCCACGGGCACUGCUGGGGUCCGGGGCCCACCCAGUGCGUCAACUGCAGCCAGUUUCUUCGGGGCCAGGAGUGCGUGGAGGAGUGCCGAGUACUGCAGGGGCUCCCCCGGGAGUAUGUGAAGGACAGGUACUGUCUGCCGUGCCACCCUGAGUGUCAACCCCAGAAUGGCUCAGUGACCUGCUUAGGAUCGGAGGCUGACCAGUGUGUGGCCUGUGCCCACUACAAGGACUUUUCCUUCUGCGUCGCUCGCUGCCCCAGUGGUGUGAAACCGGACCUCUCCUUCAUGCCCAUCUGGAAGUUCCCAGAUGAAAAGGGCACGUGCCAGCCGUGCCCCAUCAACUGCACCCACUCCUGUGUGGACUUGGAUGACAAGGGCUGCCCCGCCGAGCAGAAAGCCAGUCCUGUGACGACCAUCAUUGCCACUGUGGUGGGCACUCUGCUGUUCAUGGUCGUGGGGGUCGUCUUCGGCAUUGUAGUUAGGCGAAGGCGGCAGAAGAUCCGAAAGUACACGAUGCGGAGGCUGCUGCAGGAAACAGAGCUGGUGGAGCCUCUGACACCUAGCGGAGCGAUGCCCAACCAGGCUCAGAUGCGGAUCCUGAAAGAGACAGAGCUGAGGAAGGUGAAGGUGCUUGGAUCAGGAGCUUUUGGCACAGUCUAUAAGGGUAUCUGGAUCCCAGAUGGGGAGAAUGUGAAAAUCCCAGUGGCCAUCAAAGUGUUAAGGGAAAACACAUCUCCCAAAGCCAACAAAGAAAUCUUGGACGAAGCAUAUGUGAUGGCUGGUGUGGGCUCUCCGUAUGUAUCGCGCCUCCUGGGCAUCUGCCUGACCUCCACAGUGCAGCUGGUGACACAGCUUAUGCCCUAUGGCUGCCUCCUAGACCACGUCCGAGAACACCGAGGGCGCCUGGGCUCCCAGGACCUGCUGAAUUGGUGCGUGCAGAUUGCAAAGGGGAUGAGCUACUUGGAAGAAGUGCGGCUUGUGCACAGGGACCUGGCUGCCCGAAACGUGCUGGUCAAAAGUCCCAACCAUGUCAAGAUCACAGACUUUGGGCUGGCUCGGCUGCUGGACAUUGACGAGACGGAGUACCACGCUGAUGGGGGCAAGGUGCCCAUCAAGUGGAUGGCAUUGGAGUCCAUUCUCCGCCGACGGUUCACACACCAGAGUGAUGUGUGGAGCUACGGUGUGACUGUAUGGGAGCUGAUGACUUUUGGGGCCAAACCUUACGAUGGGAUCCCAGCCCGGGAGAUCCCUGACCUGCUGGAGAAGGGGGAGCGGCUGCCCCAGCCCCCCAUCUGCACCAUCGAUGUCUACAUGAUCAUGGUCAAAUGUUGGAUGAUCGACUCUGAAUGUCGGCCUCGGUUCCGGGAGCUGGUGGCUGAAUUCUCCCGCAUGGCCAGGGACCCCCAACGUUUUGUGGUCAUCCAGAAUGAGGAAUUGGGUCCUGCCAGCCCCUUGGACAGCACCUUCUACCGCUCGCUGCUAGAGGAUGACGACAUGGGGGACCUUGUGGACGCUGAGGAGUACCUGGUACCCCAGCAGGGCUUCUUCUGCCCAGAUCCUGCCCCAGGUGCUGGGGGCACAGCUCACCACAGGCACCGCAGCUCAUCCACCAGGAGUGGUGGUGGUGAACUGACGCUGGGGCUGGAGCCCUCUGAGGAGGAGCCCCCCAAGUCUCCACUGGUAUCCUCAGAAGGGGCAGGCUCUGAUGUGUUCGACAGCGACUUGGGAAUGGGGGCAGCCAAGGGGCUGCAGGGUCUCCCCACACAUGACCUCAGCCCUCUACAGCGGUACAGUGAGGACCCCACAGUACCCCUGCCCCCUGAGACUGAUGGCUAUGUCGCCCCUCUGACCUGCAGCCCCCAACCCGAAUACGUGAACCAGCCAGAGGCUCACCCGCAGCCCCCCUCACCCUUAGAGGGUCCUCUGCCUCCUCGUCCUGCCGGUGCCACUCUGGAAAGGCCCAAGACUCUCUCCCCCAAGACUCUCUCCCCUGGGAAGAAUGGGGUUGUCAAAGACAUUUUUGCCUUUGGGGGUGCCGUGGAGAACCCUGAGUACUUAGCACCCCGUGGCAAGGCCACCCUUCAACCCCACCCACCUCCAGCCUUCAGUCCGGCCUUUGACAACCUCUAUUACUGGGACCAGGACCCAUCAGAGCGGGGCUCUCCAUCCAACACCUUUGAAGGGACCCCUACAGCAGAGAACCCUGAGUACCUGGGUCUGGAUGUGCCAGUGUGAACCAAAGGCCAAGUCUGCUUACGUCCUGCUGAACCCUCGGGGAGUGGGAAAGGCCUGACUUCUGGCCUCUGUCGUUACAAGGCGGAGAGAGGGCCCUUGGACCACAUCCAGCAGAGCCUGCCCUGCCAGGAACCUUCCUUCCUGUUCCAAUUUCCAGGUGGCUCAGUCUGGUUAGAAAAAAGCCGCAGCACUGGAGAGUCUUGACUGAUUCGAGCCGGGCCCCAGCAAACUCCAGGGGCCAAUGGAUGCCAUAACCACAGUCUCCUUACCUAAGGGAGCAGCCCAGCCUGGCUGUAUUCUUCCAGAUCCCUGGCACUGAAGGACUUAAGGAAGCUGGGCCGAGGAGGGGCACAGGCCCGAAAGGAGUAGCUAGGACAAAAGCUAUCCAUUCAGAGACUGUUCCUGAGACCUAGCUCUGCUCCAGGAAGAAGGGAGCAGCAGUAGUACCCAGAUCUAGUCCUGUACAGAGUGGUUUUUUUUUUGUUUUGUUUUUACUUUUUUUUUUUAAGAU